AUGGCAACCUUGGGAGAAUCAUCAUCGUCAGAUAAUAUGGGAGACGCGAAUCCACCGGCGAUUCCACAAUCUUCUCCACCUCAGCUACCGGAAUAUCCGAAGAUCUCAACGACGACGGUGGAAAAUGCUGCUUCCUGGAUCGACGAUGCGCUUCGUCAGGCGAUGAUUUACCAGAAAACCAUCUCGGAGACGGUGGAUUCCACCAUUGACGCAUCCAAAUCUCGAUUGUCUCAAAUUCGAGAUACUUCCGUUGCUCACACGACCCAAACAAUCGAUUCUCUUCGAGACAUUGCUUCUGAGUAUAGCGUUUACGAGCAUAUGGUGUUUGGGAAGAUUAAAGAUGGUGUGAAUGUUGCUGCAUCUCAUCCAGUAAUAUCAGGGACCUUAGCUUUUGGGGUUGGGAUUUUGGCUCUGAAGAAGACAAGAAGAUUUGUAUAUUACAAUACUUUACGUAUGGUUAUGAGCGAAGAGGCUUUGCUUUCUAGAGCUGAUCUUAAAGUAAAAGAGUUGCGACAGUCAAUGGAUCGUCUCAAAGCCGAAAGUGAUAAGUUAGAGAGAGUUGCAACUGUGGCAGAAGAAGAGUUGAUUAGAGGAAGGAUGAAACUCAGACAAGCAGGCAAACAGAUCCGAGGUGCGAUCCACUCUGCUUAUAAAAUCGAAAAGCAAGCAGCAGGUUUGAAAGAUGUUCUUAAAGAAUUACCCACAAGAGAAGCUUCUCGAUUCCGUACUCAAAUAUCGAACCGUGCCUCUGAAGUAAAGCAAGAGAGAAACGCUUUGACAAAGGAAGUGAACAAGAUCAGCAACUACGGUAUCUCCGUAUGA